AUGUCAGGCUUCUUUACUCCUAUUUCCAAGAACUCUGGAGGUAUUCCUAACCUCAAACUCACUCCUACUGCGACCCCAAACAACAAUUCCCCUGUAUUCCUUUCAUCACGCCCAAACAAUCGUUCACAAAGCAAAUCCCGACAGAACUCUUCUUCAGCCUCAUCCGCCUCACCAUUCUCCGAUUGCGGCCUCUCUUUGAGACGAGUGAUAGGCUGUUCUACCACUGCGUUCGACAGCCAUCCCCCAUCACGAUCCUUUGCCUACACUGCGGGUGCCGCUGCUGUGGUCGUUCACCUUGAUGACGACUUUCAGAUCACCCAACGGUUCUUUAGGGCUCGACCUAACGCCCCUACUCUUGCUUCUACCGGAGCCUCAUUUGCACCUUCUACACCAACUAGCUACAUCCAGGAGACUAGAAAUAGGACAGCAGCGUCGCUGCGAGAAUCUGGAGUCGGCUAUCAAUAUACUAACUCUGCAUCACCAUUCGCCCAGGAUGAUUCACCAAGCUCAAAGACGUGGUCAGCUCGCGAGCGAAUAAAAGCUGCAACCUGCUUAUCGUUUAGUCCCGAUGGGAAAUGGCUUGCGGUUGGAGAGACUGGUUACAACCCAAGGAUUUUGAUCUUUUCAAUGUCCAAGGAUGUACCUAGCGAUAUCCCUGCUGCGGCCAUGUCCGAACACACCUUUGGAGUGCGCGACGUGGCUUUCAGUGCAUGCUCACGAUACUUAGCUAGCAUAGGCACCAUGAACGACGGAUUCGUCUACGUCUGGUCAUUAAACACAAGCAGGAGCGGAUUGGUACGCCUUCACGCGACUAACAAAUGUACAAGCUUUGUACGGCAGAUCGCAUGGAUGGGAAAAAGUCUUGUUACUGUGGGAACAAGACAUGUCAAGAUCUGGAGAACUGAAGAAGAUCAAAAGCCCGUUAACCCAGGACCAAAGGUCCUGCAUGGCCGAAAUGCGCUUUUGGGUAGUAUGUCGGAUUCGACCAUGAGCUGCGUUGUCGGUAUAUCGGACGACAAGGCCUUGGUUUGCACGGAGAAGGGGGAUAUCUGUUUGCUCGACGAGAGUGGGCUUAGAUUCACUAGGGUCGCAAGCGCCGAGUUUGGUGUCAGUUCGAUCACCGUGGAUGCGGAUUCAAAGUUCGCAUGGGUGGCAGGCAGACAUGGGAGCAUUCGGGCUCUUGUUUUGAAGGAGAUUGUACCUUCGACACCACCGGAAUCGCCAUCAUCGUCACGUUCUAGUUCCCCGGUCCUUCCUUUUGGAUCUCGACCUGCGCAUGUACUCGCUAUGGCGAGCAUGCUCGGUCAUUUAUUUACCUUAGAUUCUAACAAAUCACUCAAAAUGAUCAACAUGUCUACUGUAGAUGGCGUUCCUGUCCCGAAUACUCUCGUUCGCGAAUUGCCGGCUCACCACGAUCCCUGCCUCGGUGUUCGACUCCUUCCGCUGAAUUGCUUUUCCGACGCUCUCUUCUUCACCUGGUCGUCUGGAGGUACUGUAUUGUUCUGGAAUCUGGAUGGUGUGACUAGAGGUGAAUUUCAGGUUGAGCUUGAACAACCUAUGGAGAGUGAAGAUGAUGUAGCAAAUGAACUUAAAGUUGUUAGGGUUUCAGAGGAUGGCGGCAUGUUUGUCACUGGUGAUAAAUAUGGUGUUCUACGUGUAAUUGAUGGUAAACACCAGGAUUGCCUGUACGCCGUCAAAGCGCAUGCCGGUGAAAUUAUGGAUAUUGCGAUAUGUGGAGAUACUAUCACCAGCUGUUCGAGAGACCGAACAGCACAAGUCUUUCACAAGGAUGUAGAGGGAUGGACAUUGACACAAACAUUGGAUGAUCAUACGGCUAGUGUGAAUAGAGUUUUACUACUGGACAGUGGAAACAAACUUUUGACUUGCUCAGCGGACAGAACAAUUGUCAUUAGAGAACUUUGUCGUCGAGAGGCUAUUAAUGGUUUGAUUACUAUGGCAUAUGUGCCCGUUAGGACUCUUACAACAAAAGCAUCGCCAGUACACAUGACACCUCUUUCAGAUUCAACACUUAUUGUCUCAACUAUGGAUAGACAGAUUCAGAAAUUCGAUUUGAAUACCGGGAAAGGGUUUGGCAGUUUCAAGGCGACAGAUGAGUCGGGCGAUGCUGUGGUGAUGGAUUCUGUUACGGUCAGCAAAGAUAAAGGGUUUCCACGGGCUAGAAUCCUUGCAGGAAUUUCAACAACGGAUAAGAGCAUAAGGCUGUAUGAUUUGUCGGGAAAUCUGAUUGACAAGGAGUGGGGGCAUACUGAAGGUGUCAGCGAUGUGGUUUUGUUGGAACGAGAACCGCAGAAGGGGGAGGAGACGGGGCAAACAAUUGUCAUAAGCACAGGGUCAGAUGGGACCAUAAUGAUCUGGGGAUUUACACCAAAGAAUUCUGAGCCCGAACCAGCAACAGUUGUAGAUACAGAUGGAACCGCAAAUGUUACCUCUCAAAAGAAGGAAAUGACCGCAACCAGGCCACCACUUCGACGUGUAUUGAGCAGGACUGAGCUGAUGGACUUCACCCCAAAACCUGGUGGUUCAGCACAAUCUAGUAGGCCCGCGUCAUCCCACACCGGCAACACAUCUCCUCCGCGGACACUCAGGCGGAAGACCUCAGCAUACGGGAUGAACCGGACAACAAGUGCCAAAGGAGUGCCUACACUACCAGCUGUAUUGCCAGGCACAGUCUCAACAGCAUCAUCCGCGACACCGACACCUUCAACGACUUCAGAUGAUUCAGCAUCUCCGUCAACUCCGCUCUUCGGCGCAGAUGUCACUAAACGAACAAGCGUUGGGCGGAAAAGCAUCUCCCCUCCAGCCAGCCUGCGAGAAGGCCGAAAAACUAGAAAUCGAACACCAAGCCCAACUACAACGAAAAAGGUCCCAACUGCCCCAAUCCCUCUACGUAGAGGAAGCUCUACUACAAGAACACGGGUACGGGGACAUAGCGUGGGAAGUGUUGAUACGCCAAUUCUCGGCAAUGGCGGCGCAGGAAAUAUGAAUGGGCUUGCUGAGAGUCUUUCGCGAAGUCUAAGAAGCUUCCGGAAGAAAAUUGACGCGGGUGCCAAAGAGGGCGUGAACCCGGAGGUGCUAAAGGAAUUACAGAGGGAGUUAGGAUUGACUGUAAAGGAAUUGGGCGCGACUGGAGAUAGGGAGGGGAAGAGCAACCGCGGCCGAUCAAAUGCAUCCAACCGCAGCCUUGGGCCGCAAGAUGUGGCAGGACGAGAUCUGAUGACACAACUACUGGAUACAUAUUCAGAGCGCUUAGUUUCAAUUGUAAGCGAAAGGCUUGAAACGAAAGCCCCACUUACACGUGAAAGGAAAAAGAAGAUGGUAGAGACCUCAGGAGAAGGCUAA